CUACAGAAGAUAUAACUUUUUACAUUUCCUGCUGUCAAAUGCUCCCCAACAAAAUGAAACUUUAAUGAUAUUAUCAAGAUAAAGUUAGGUGCCUUAUAUAAGAUGGAAGGCAAGGAAGGACACGGAUUGUUUCCAGAACCGAAGAAUCCACAAGCGGCCGCAGCAAGCAGCGAGUCCAUCUCUACGUCAGAUCGCUCUGCUUCAUUUCCACAUGAAACAUCGAGCACAAGUUCCAAAGAAUCCGAAUCGCCGUCGAAGUCGUUAUGUUCAUCGUCCUCUACCUCCUCUGAGCACGUCCCUGCUGAAAUGAUACCUCUAAAGGUUCUGAGGGAUUCUACUAAGCUUGGACAAUCUGAUGAUCCACCUGUUCUUCAGGGAGAAAAAGUCCAGGGGAUAGGGAAGGAUGUGACCUAUCUGUGUCCUUACAGUGGAGCGGUGAAGGGCACCCUUACUGUCACAAACUACAAACUUUAUUUUAAAAGUUCUGAGAGGGAAUCUCCAUUUAUCCUUGACGUGCCACUUGGUGUCAUCAGUAAGAUUGAGAAGAUAGGGGGCGCCACCAGUCGAGGGGAGAACUCCUACGGGAUAGAUCUCUUAUGCAAGGACAUCAGAAAUUUAAGGUUUGCACACAGACAGGAAAACCAUUCAAGAAGACAAGUGUUUGAAAAAAUUCAACAGUAUGCAUUUCCCAUCACGAAUAAACAGCCCAUAUUUGCCUUCGAUUUGGCAGAAGAUUACGGAGAAGAUGGUUGGAAAGUAUUUGACCCUAUUGCAGAAUUUAAACGACAGGGUCUACCAAACGAAAGUUGGCGCGUUACCAGAAUCAACGAGAAUUAUGAAGCCUGUGACACUUACCCCUCUUUGUUCGUUGUGCCAGCUGCUACAACAGACGAUGACAUCAAAGCGGUGGCCAGUUUUAGAACAAAGGGGAGACUACCUGUUUUGUCAUGGAUCCAUCCCCAAAGUCAGGCCACCAUCUCACGUUCAGGACAGCCCCUAGUGGGCGUGGUCAACAAACGCAACAAAGAUGACGAACGCUACAUACAGAUGAUCAUGGAUGCUAACGCCCAAUCACACAAACUCUACAUCAUGGACGCACGUCCGAGUGUUAACGCCCAGGCUAACAAGGCAAAAGGCGGGGGAUAUGAGCGAGAGGAGAACUAUCAGAAUGCGGAGGUCGUCUUCCUGGAUAUACACAACAUUCAUGUCAUGAAGGACAGUCUAAGGAAGUUGAGAGAUGUGGUGUUCCCUACGAUAGACGACGCCCACUGGCUGACAAACAUUGAAUCAACACACUGGCUCGACCAUGUGAAGCAAAUUUUGUCUGGUGCACUGAGAAUAGCGGACAAAUUGGAGUGUAACAAGACUUCGGUACUGGUGCACUGUAGUGACGGUUGGGACCGUACAGCCCAGCUGACCUGCCUGUCAAUGAUCAUGUUGGACCCUUACUAUAGAACUCUGCAAGGCUUCGAGGUCCUGGUGGAGAAGGAGUGGCUUAGCUUCGGACAUAAAUUUGCACAGAGAGUCGGCCAUGGAGAAGACAAACAUUCCGAUGCUGACCGCUCUCCAGUGUUUCUUCAGUUCAUUGAUUGUGUGUGGCAGAUCAUGAGACAGUUUCCAAAUGCCUUUGAGUUUAAUGAGCAUUUCCUGAUAACGAUUAUGGACCAUCUGUACAGCUGUCUGUUCGGAACCUUCCUCUGUAACUGUGAACAACAGAGACAAAAAGAGAAUCUAAAGGUCAAGACAGUGUCACUUUGGUCGUUUGUGAACUGCCAGAAAGAGGAGUUUAUUAACCCACUGUACGCAGCCUACAUCCACCAGCAUGUCCUCUUCCCGGUGGCCAGCAUGAGGAGGAUUGAACUGUGGACCGGGUACUACUGUCGCUGGAACCCUCGCAUGAGGCCACAGGAACCCAUACACCUGAGGAACAGAGAGUUGAUCAUACUGAAGGCUCAACUUCAAAAGAACGUAGAGGAACUACAGCAGGAGCUGGAGGCCAGAAACUCGGGAGGUGGACUUUCUCCGGGACGUCAAAGUCCUCCGCGGAUAUCGGCUCCCAUCAAUGUAUAACUUUGGGGGAGAUUUAAUGGACUUACUCAUUUACAACAGCAUCUUCAUCAUUGACCUGCAACAAGAUCAGGCAAUCUCAAUUCAGGGGAGAUAAUCUAUGUAAAAGGGGACAUAAUUCGUACCCAACAUAGCUACAAGAUGAGGUGAAUAGGAGUUGGUCUAUUUGCAGAAGGAUCCAAUCCAUAAAAGGGAAGGAGGGCAUACCCACUGCAUCAUUUAUCAUGUUCUAAAUACUGUUUGGACCAGAGGCUUUUGUUCAUGGACCUUGUGAUCUUGUUGUGAACCUUGAUGUAGACUUUUGAGGCCUUCUAAUCAAAUCUUAUCUAAUUGAAAACUUUGGAAGCUUCAUCCCUGGAAAAUAUUACAUUUAAAGUAGACAAAUCAGUCUGCACUCAUAACAAGAACCUUGGAGUUGAUCUUUAUGCAGGUAGAAGUAAAAAUUAAACAUGAAAACUUCGACAGAAUCCAUAAACAGGGAAGGUGAUACAUAGUAUUUGCAUAUUGCAACUGGUGGAAUCUGAAAGAAAUGACUGGCAUAGAUUCAGGCCAAGGAUUAAAUCUGGAAAACUUUGUAUGUGCACAUUUAAAGGUUCGAAUGUGCCUGUCUGAAACUAUACGGUUGACUAUUUCUAGUUUGCAGUCUUUCUUCAGGAAAUAUAUUUUCAGACAUGUUAUUAAAUUAAUUGCAUGUAUGUCCUUUAUUGAGUGAAAGAAGCACCUAGAAUAUUUGAUUUAUUGUUUUUAUUUGUCACAAAACUCUGAAAGAUCAUCCCAUUUCUGGUCUGUGUACCAUCUAGAACGGUGUAACCACGAUAUGUGAAAGCAGCCUUGUAAAGGAUGAAAGGGGAGGUUAUCCACACUAAGGGGAGGUAAUUCAUUCAUAUGAUAGAUAACCAUUACAUAGGGGCCAAAACCUUCAUUUACCAAUAUGAAUUCAAUUGUCAUAUCUUGUGAAAGGGGUACACAGAUAUACGAGGGAGUAUUGGGCAGAUAAGGGAAAUAAGAAGUCUUCCAGAUCAUUAAUCAUAGUCGUAAGGAUAUUGUCUCGAAGAAAAUCUUUUGCUUGUCAAGAAAAGUGAUAUGACAAUUUUAUAUGGACUAGAGAUCUUGUAAUUGUAGUAAUAAACAGUAAGUAGGUUGUUUUUAGGCCAACAGAAUUGAAAAAAAACAUGUUUUAAGGGAAAUUGUGGUUGAUAUAGUUGUUACAUCAACGCUGGUUGCAUGUACUGCAUAGAUGGUAGACAUGUUCAAAUUGGUGGCUUGCUUUUAAAUGCUCUUGUUAAUUUUAACCUUUUGUUUCUGUUCAGUGGACGCAUUGGCCCAAUUGACAAAUGGAUGUUUUGAGAAACAGUAUUGAUAGUAAUUAUCUUUUAAUUUGGAAGGGGAGGGUUGGGAGGGGUCAUUAAGUACCUUAAUUCACAGUAUAUUGCUUAAACAUGUAUAUAAAUUGUUAAAUAAGGCAAUGUCCGAGACAUUAAUAUGUGCAAUACAUUAUUUGAUGUAAAUUUAGUAAGAGUUUUUUUUUGUAAGAUGUGAGAGAGUGGAUGGGUCCGUUACCUGUGACAAUAGAGAGAGCAUGUCUGUAGGAGAGACCGUUUCUGUAUGCGGGGGCAUGUCUGUAAGGUGUGACAAUAGAGAGUAUAUAUGUAGGAGGGUGUGUGUCAUUACGAAGGAGCGUGUCUGUAAGGUGUGACAAUAGAGAGUAUAUUUAUAGGAGGGGGCGUGUCUUUACGAAGGAGCGUAUCUGUAAGGUGUGGCGAUAGAGAGUAUAUAUGUAGGAGGGGGCAUGUCUUUACGAAGGAGCGUGUCUGUAAGGUGUGACAAUAGAGAGUAUAUAUGUAGAAGGGGGCAUGUCUUUACGAAGGAGCGUGUCUGUAAGGUGUGACAAUAGAGAGUAUAUAUGUAGAAGGGGGCAUGUCUUUACGAAGGAGCGUGUCUGUAAGGUGUGACAAUAGAGAGUAUAUAUGUAGAAGGGGGCAUGUCUUUACGAAGGAGCGUGUCUGUAAGGUGUGACAAUAGAGAGUAUAUAUGUAGAAGGGGGCAUGUCUUUACGAAGGAGCGUGUCUGUAAGGUGUGACAAUAGAGAGUAUAUAUGUAGGAGGGGGCGUGUCUUUACGAAGGAGCGUGUCUGUAAGGUGUGACAAUAGAGAGUAUAUAUGUAGGAGGGGACGUGUCUUUAUGUAGAAGCGUGUCUGUAAGGUGUGACGAUAGAGAGAGCAUGUCUGUAGGAGGGGGCGCGUCUGUACGAGGAGACGUGUUUGUUUGGUAUUACAUUAAUGGAUAUGCCUGAGGUUUGAGAUCUGUGUCAUUCCCCAACUUUGGGGCAAAUGAUUCAUUUUCUCUCAAUUGUGUAUGAAUACUGCAUUAAUGCGGAGUCAGAUACUUCACGGCUUUCCACCUUACGAAAUGCAGUUCUUUAUUGUAGACAAAUAAUAUCGACAAUACCAUGGCUUGAUAAAUUAUGUAUAUAUCUUAAAUGAAAAUGAUUUAAAUAAGCAUACAGAUCAACAGAGGGACAUGUGUAAAAGUGUGAGACCUCAAAAAGGUAGAGGGUGUGCAUCUUUAAGGUAUGAGACAGAGGAGGUUUGUCUACGGAGAGGGUACAUAUGUAAGAUGGAGAGUGUGCAUCUUUAAAGUAUGAAAUUAAGGAGGCAUGUCUAUGGAGACAUGGAGGGUGUACAUCUUUAAAGUAUGAAAUUGAUGAGGCAUGUCUAUGGAGUGAUGGAGGGUGUACAUCUUUAAAGUAGGAAAUUGAGGAGGCGUGUCUAUGGAGGGAUGGAGGGUGUACAUCUUUAAAGUAUGAAACUGAGGAGGCAUGUCUAUGGAGACAUGGAGGGUGCACAUCUUUAAAGUAUGAAAUGGAGGAGGCAUGUCUAUGGAGUGAUGGAGGGUGUACAUCUUUAAAGUAUGCAAUUAAGGAGGCAUGUCUAUGGACACAUGGAGGGUGUACAUCUUUAAUAUAUGAGAUGAAGUAGGCAUGUCUAUGGAGACAUGGAGGGUGCACAUCUUUAAAGUAUGAGAUUGAGGAGGCAUGUCUAUGGAGACAUGGAGGGUGUACAUCUUUAACGUAUGAAAUUGAGGAGGCCUGUCUAUGGAGAGAUGGAGGGAGUACAUCUUUAAAGUAUGCAAUUAAGGAGGCAUGUCUAUGGACACAUGGAGGGUGUACAUCUUUAAUAUAUGAGAUGAAGUAGGCAUGUCUAUGGAGAGAUGUAGGGGGGCAUAGUUAAGGGAUGAGAUUGAGGAGGCAUGUCUAUGGAGAGGUGGAGAGUGUACAUCUUUAAAGGAUGAAAUUGAGGAGGCAUGUCUAUGGAGUGAUGGAGGGUGUACAUCUUUAAAGUAUGAAAUGGAGGAGGCAUGUCUAUGGAGUGAUGGAGGGUGUACAUCUUUAAUAUAUGAGAUGAAGUAGGCAUGUCUAUGGAGAGAUGUAGGGGUGCAUAGUUAAGGUAUGAGAUUGAAGAGGUGUGUCAGAGUUGGUGCGUCUUUUAGAGGACUUAUAAGAUUGGUGUUUCUAGAUCCAAUCUCCACACUGAGAUAAUACUUUUCAUCCAUCCCAGUUUUCAUAAGCAGUAUGCAUGCUUUGUUACCCUUUAAACGGGCUUUAAGUUUGUAACUCUAACAAUGAAAUAUGUACUUUUGAAAGUCGACAGUUAUACACUAACAAAUGGAUGGAAUGCAAGAUAUCUAAAUGUGUGCAAUAAUUAAAAUUAAUUGAACUUUUCUUACCUGUUAAUUAGUCUUUAAAAAGUAUAAUAUUAAUCAAUUUCAUUUAAGUUAAAUGUUCAGAAAAUUUAGUAUUCUAUUCUUUUCAUAGCCUAGCAUUCCCCUAUAGACUUUAUACAGUGUGAUAAUAUAAUCAUACAUCUACACCGUGCAUGUGAUCCUGUAGUUGUUCUUUCAAGGAAAACAUUUUUUGUACUAGCAUCAUGUUCUAUUUAUCAUGUUUUUUAAUGUUGUACUCUUUUGAUAGAAAUGAUUAGUAAGGUUCUGUUCGUUCAUUAUCGUCUUGAUGAAUCCCAUUUAAGAAUUUCUUUUAGGAUAAAUUAAUAUGCAAGUAAUAAAUGAUAGAAUUAAA